CAGAUGAUGUCAUCACCACAGUCCUGACUGGAGAAUCUCCUUUGCCCUGUACAAAGUGUGAGAGAAAGAAAGUGAAGGAGAUGUUUCAGUGUGUGGCUUCCAGAGGAUGAAAAGCUAGAUGCUACUUGGUUUAUUGGAAAAACACAAGUGAGAAAGAGAAGAGAAAGAAACGGGUGGGGAAGAAGAGUGAAGCAUUGUAACAGCUGCCAGGGACUGUGACAGUGAGGGAACUACUUCACUUAGAGGAGUCUUCUUACCAUGGGGAAGUCAGCCUCCAGGCUUUUUUGUGAGGAGGUACUGAAGACUCAUAAUGAGUACAGGAGAAAACAUCAAGCCCCACCUUUAAAACUCAGCAGUAAACUGAGCCGUGAAGCAGCACGAUAUGCUGAGAGCCUUGCUAGCACCAGGAUUCUGAAGCACAGUGUUGAGUCUAGUAGAGGAAACUGUGGAGAAAAUUUAGCAUGGGCAUCUUAUGAUCAAACGGGUAAAGAUGUGUCAGAUCGCUGGUAUAAUGAAGUGAACCAGUACAACUUCAACCAGCCAGGAUUCUCCUCUGCAAAUGGUCACUUCACUGCAAUGGUGUGGAAAAGCUCAACGAAACUUGGUGUUGGUAAAGCUGUGGCCUCAGAUGGUUCUACCUUUGUAGUGGCACGUUAUUUCCCUGCCGGCAACAUUACCAAUCAGGGCCACUUCCAGGCCAAUGUCCUGCCCCCUAAAAGCUGAUCCAAAUGUAGCUGGACACAAUGAGAACGAAGGUAGGGAGGGGAACUGAAACAGGACGGGGAACAGCUGAAAUCGGAGAGACUUUUACCUGGAGGACCAAACACAGUAAUUGUUGGCCUUAAUACACAAACCUUACUUGAAUAAAGAGCUUCUGUCUUUACAUUUUUAGGCUUUUAUUAACUUGAAUAUAAAGAGGCUUACAGUAAACUAAAUGUUGAAGCUAAUGCUAGUUAUGCUUUCCAUAAAACUAAACUUUCAUUGUGGUAAGGUCAUUGUGUGCCUGUUUGUGCAUGGGUGAUGUCAACAAAACAGUAUUAGAAAUGAUUUUUUAUGAAUAAAGCAAACACGGAUAUAAUCACAUACCUCCACUAAAAUCAAAUGUGAAUAUUUCUUUUGGAUGCAGUAUUCAUGCUGAAUGUGAAAAGACGUGUGUGACCACACAGGACAUUUAAAUGCAUGAGAUGUUGCAGAAAUAAGUUUUGGUAAUGUUCAUCCCUUUAUAUCAUAGACUGAUCAUUCACCAUUAUUACUUUGGUCAUCUUUGUAUCUAUGUAUAUUGAUAUGGAUUAAAAUUGACCGUGUUCAAAUAGUCUAUCUGAUGUCAUUAUUGCAUUCAAAAUGGAGUACAAAUAUUAUCUUUGAUUUGUAGUUGCACAACUGUGCACAU